CGUUUGCUGCGUCAACCUGAGAGCUGCAGGACACAGCAACAUUGGAGUCUCCCUGCAGUGUGAGCUCAGGACAAGAGUCCGAAAGAGGAGAGGGAGAGGAGAUUCAUUGCAGGACAUUUAACCUAGCCGGAGAGUUGAACCGCAGAAUAGUAAUCUUCCGUUCUCAGGCGUAAUCCCUUAGUGUUCACCAGGAUGAAAGAGCCUCUGGUCUUUGUCAAAACGUUCUUUGUGAUCAUCAUCCUGUUGUCUUCGCUCACGGUGUCCUCGCUACCCACUGACACCAACCAAGGCAGAAAGAAAGUGGUGCAUGUUCUUGAGGACGACACCGGCGCAGUGAUAGUGCAGACAGCGCCGGGCAAAGUGGUGACGCACCGUGGCGGCUCCAUCACUCUUCCCUGUCGCUUCCAUCAUGAGCCAGAGGACACAGACCCUGAGCGCAUUAGGAUAAAGUGGACCAAGGUGACUGACUCCCUUCAGUUUGAAGACGUCUUCGUGGCACUCGGAAGGCAGCAGCGUGUGUUCGGAGUCUACAAAGGACGUGUGUUUCCGGCGUAUUCAGGAGCCAAUGAUGCUUCGGUGAUAAUUCAGAAUGUCACUCUUGAUGACUAUGGACGCUAUGAGUGUGAGGUCACCAAUGACAUGGAGGACGACACAGGCAUUGUCAACCUUGACCUGGAGGGUGUGGUUUUCCCCUACUAUCCCAGCGAGGGACGGUACAAGCUCAACUACCACCAGGCGGAAGACGCCUGCAAACAGCAGGAUGCCAUCUUGGCGUCUCACUCCCAGCUGCACAAGGCCUGGUUAGAAGGACUGGACUGGUGCAAUGCUGGCUGGCUGGAGGAUGGUUCCGUCCAGUACCCCAUCUCUCACCCCAGAGAGCAAUGUGGCCGCAGGGACACCCCCGCUGGUGUCCGUAACUAUGGCUACCGUCACAAAGAAGAUGAGCACUAUGAUGCUUUCUGCUUCACUUCCAAGCUAAGUGGUAGAGUCUACUACCUGAAGAGAUUCAAGAAGGUAAACUAUGCUGAGGCAACCAAGGUCUGCACUCGGGAUGGCUCCGUGGUGGCUAAAGUGGGUCAACUAUAUGCGGCCUGGAAGUUCCAGUUGCUGGAUCGAUGUGAAGCUGGCUGGCUGGAGGACGGCAGCAUUCGUUAUCCCAUUGUAAAUCCGCGGUCCCGCUGUGGAGGAUCACAUCCAGGCGUCCGGCACCUGGGCUUCCCUGAUAAGAAGUUCCGUCUCUACGGCGUGUACUGCUUCCGCCAGACCAACAACGAAGCAGCAGGUGCUGUUGACAUGACAAAUAGUCCAACGGAUGGCGCUAAAGGAAGGUGGAACCGAAGCAGCAGUUCACUGAAUGCGACGCUGGUUAUUUAAAGAGUACCCAGAAACCAUCCAUCGCUUUUAAAUUAUAAACCCCCGCGACAAGAUGAAAAAGGGAGUCAGGUCGGGCAGAAUUAAGGCUGACAUCUUUAUUAGAGCGAGUUUGUCUUCAGCCAGCGAGUCAUCUUAAAGAAAGAGCAAGGACUCAUCUGUCACUUGGAGACUGGGAGAUUAAAACAUCAGUUUGAUCAUCACUCAAUUCACACAGUCUGUCAUCAAUAUUUGGUGGGGAAUCCAAUUCCCCCGUCAGCCUGAGCCUCCGCUCUGGCACCAGACACUUUCAGAGCAGGAAGAAUCUGCUUGACUCUGGAGUAAACCCAACAAUUCCUGUAAAUCCAGAUCAGUACUGGGACUAAUUGCUUGUGUGAGGUUGCUGUGCCUGUUCAGCAGCCCUCUAGCUGAGUGCUACGCUCUCAUUUAUGGAGACUCUGCAACACCUUGGAAGACAUUUUCAGAUGAAUUUGAGAAAGUUGAGGUUUGAAAAAUGACUGAGGAACCACUCAUUUGUAGUCGGUCCCAUUCCAUCAGAUGACACAGGUAUGUGAAUGUCAAGUCAGUGUCAACAAUGUCAUGUCA